CCAGGUUUGCAGGUGUAGUGCGAUGGAAUUUCGACGUGUUAGUUUCGCAUCGCGGUUAGAAAAGUAAUAUAACUUUUCCUCAGUGAACAGGAUUUUCCAUCUAUCUUUUUGUUCAAAUAAUCCGCAUAAAUCGUUGUUGCAGAAUGUAUUUCAAUAACUAAAAACCCCCGGGGGACAUCCGUGAAUGUGCGCAUGCAAAAAUAAGCAAUAGUAGAAAAGAGUGUAUCCUGGAAAUUUGGCAAACAUACACAAGUGCAUACGACGAAAAUACAAACGCACAUACAAAUGUAUGUACAUUUAAUAAAAUCAAAUCUCUGUGACCAUUCAUGGAAGCUGGAUUAUUAAAUUAAAUAGUUUUUAGUGCAUAAGGACGAGGGUGCUCAACAGAAAAGCAAAAAUAUGCGCGUCCUGUAGCAAAGGCAACUACUUCAAAAUACAUAAAGCUAUGUGUUAUACAUACAAUGUUAUAUCCCACGUAUAUGUAUAAUUGAGUGUUCGCACAUACACAAGUGUUAGUGUCCUGUCCGCUCAUCUGCCGUGAAAACUCGGUUGAUAAAAUGUAACUUACUAUUCAAUUAAGAAUGUAAAAUUCCCCGAGAGUGUCAUUCUGAAUGGAAACCACAAAUUAAAUGUAAACGGCGAAUAAUCACUAUUCGAAAAGGUGUUCAACAUGGAGGUAAUGCUACUAUUUAUGUUGGCACUUCAACUUAUAGAGACCAGCUUUGGCAGUAAGGAUGUACCAAUUCAUCAAAUUGAAUCUCUAGUUGGUGAAAAUAUAUAUCUUCCAUGCAAUGUAACCACUUAUGACGGGGAUGAACCUGUACUGGUUUUAUGGUACCGCGAUGACAAAGGUACCCCCAUAUACAGUAUUGAUAUACGAGCCGGAGUGUCCAAGGCACCAAAAAGAUGGUCUGACGAAUCUGUCUUUGGAGAUAGAGCUUAUUUUAUAUUCGAUAAGGAGCCCGGAAAACUUUCAAUUCAAAACACGCAAGCUUCUGAUUCCGGAACAUAUAGAUGCAGAGUGGACUUCCUGAAAGCCCAAACCAUAAAUAGCCGUGUCAGGUUAAACGUCAUAUCUCCGCCUAAGCAAGUUAUAAUUCGAGACAGCGCUAAUGUGGAGCGGUCUACAGUGGUGGGACCCUAUAGCGAAGGCGACAUUGUGGCAUUGAAGUGCCAAGUCAUUGGAGGCUACCCAACCCCCACUAUCAGUUGGUACCGCGAUGGUGUUGAAAUACCAUGCGAAUUAGCUCAUUUAGCAGGGGGAAAAAUUAUCGAGUGCGAAAUUACUCUGCCUUCGCUGGGAAGGGAAGAUCUGAACUCGAGAUUGACCUGCAGGGCAUUGAGCCAUCCUCGAGCACCAAUCGUGGAGGCCGUUGUUCAAAUUGAUAUGAAUUUUGCUCCCUUAAAUAUCCGACUUUUGGGCGCUCAUCAGCCACUGUCUGCUGGCCGAAGAUACGAUCUUUUAUGUCAAAGUGCUGGCUCCAGGCCGCCGGCCGUAAUUACUUGGUGGCAGAAUGGCAUUCGACUUGAAAAGACUACCGAGACGACUUCAAGCGAUGGCAACCAGACUACAAGUACUCUUUCAAUAAGUCUUAGUAAAUCAGAUGCGGGGAAGUAUUUGUCAUGUAAGGCUUACAAUCAUGCUGUACCCUCCGAGCCUCUGGAAGAUGGCUGGAAGCUUGACAUUCAAUAUGUCCCCGAAGCAUAUGUUCGCUUAGGAACAUCUCUAGAUCCCAGUACUUUGCGGGAGGGAACUGAUGUGUACUUUGAUUGUCUCGUAAUGGCUCAUCCGAAUGUAUUUCGCAUUGAAUGGCGUCACAAUGAGCAACCACUGUCUCACAACAUUUCCCAAGGCGUCAUAAUAAGUAACCACUCUUUAGUAUUACAAGGUGUAACGCGAGCCACAGCCGGAAAUUAUUCCUGCGUUGGGUUUAAUGCUGAAGGAGAAGGAAUCAGUGCUCCAUUUGCUUUAAAUAUUCUGUAUGCUCCAACAUGUGCCCAGAAUCAAAAGAAAGUAUAUGGCAUAGCGAAGCAGGAAGAUGCUAAAGUAAUGUGUACGGUUGAUGCGAAUCCUAGAGAGGUUGAGUUUAGUUGGACAUUUAAUAAUUCUGCGGAGAGCAUAGAUGUUGCCACAAAUCAUAUUAUUCGUUCGGGCACAACAUCCAUUGUGACUUACACUCCAAUUACCGAAUUAGAUUAUGGAACCCUCUUAUGUCUGGCCUCGAACAAAAUUGGCAAACAGCGAAUACCCUGUGUCUUCCAUAUAAUUGCUGCUGGUCGCCCUGAAAAAGUACAUAAUUGUACUGUAAUCAAUAUAUCCAUGACAUCUUUAACCGUGACGUGCAGUGAUGGUUUCAAUGGCGGAUUGCCGCAAAAUUUUAACUUGGAACUGCUAGACUCCUACACCCAAGAAAUCAAAGCAAACAUCACAUCGACAACUCCAAGGUUUACGGUUUCAGGUCUAAGCCCGGGCAGCAUAUAUAGACUAAAUAUUUACGCAUUUAAUACCAAAGGCCGGUCUGAUCCAGCAAUUGUCAAUGCUGCCAUGCUGCGUAUGCCGGAAAAGCAACUAACAUCAGAGCAAACUAAUAACCUUCGAGCAGAGCUAUUGUUUUCACCAGUGGUAUCACUUACAAUUGGCUUAACCCUAGCCGUGCUGGUCGCUGUGCUGGCGAUUAUCCUGGCCCUGCGAAUUCCGUGUUCAGCCACCUCGAGGAGGCGACAAAAGGAGCUCUCGAAUGAAAAUAUAUCAAGAGAUGAGUCGCCGGGGCCAAGCGACAAAAGUUCUGGCAGCAAGGAUGUGGAUGAUUGCGAUGAGAAAAAUCCAGAUGUGGUACCUGAAACUGUUGAGGCUGAUGAUCAGGUUGAGAGCGUCAGGAAACGUCAGCAGAUUUCCACCAUCGAGACCAACCGCAGCCCCAACAGGGGAAUAUUCGUAAAUGAACAGCAGCACUUAACUGCGGCCGAGAUCUCCCUAAGGGCAUCUCAUGGAAUUGGUUACUGCACUCUGCGCGGCGGAAUGCAUGCUCAGGCACAGAGUUCGGUGGGAGAAAUAUCAAUUAAUGUAACGCCCCACGUGUACUCCAACUCUAUAUCGCAAUGCACCCUUCCUCGCCAGUCAUCGCAGAAUGUGUGGCCCAACUACAACUGCACCAUUGCUGGAGCGAGACCAACCUCCACAUUUCAUCAAUUGUCCUUUCCGCAGGGAAGGGGAGUAGUCAAUAGCCACAACCAGUCGCAGACCCUUCAACAUGGACACGCUCCCUCGCCAUCGCUGGCGUCCAAUAGCUCCAUGACCUCGACAUCGAACGUUUUGCCCCAGCCACACGGUGGCGGUAGAACCAUAGCCCUGCACCACAUGAACCAAUCGCAAUGCGGCAGAGUCUGCAUUGGAAUCGCUAGCGAUGGCAUCCACUCCGCCGAGCAGAACCUUUCCGACGACGAGGUAACCGUCCAAACUCCAUUAAUGAUAAAGCGCGACAGCACCGUAUGACUAUAGAAAUUCCACAGGGUAUACGACACGCCCCUGUGAUUAGGAUUUAAAUAUUUUCAGUAUUCUGCAUUUCCAACUCAAUAGAAUAAACUUUUUUUACCACUUUAUUAUUACCCAUUAUCAAAACAAUAUUCUGGAGAGAUCAAUUAUGUUCGGCCAAAUGAAUAGUUUUUAACGUUGUUAAUUAUAAGUUGUACGAAAUCAAUAUUCAAUGAAUUAAUAACUAAUAGGUUUUAAAACGAGCAAGUCAAGCGGAAGUUAGUAUGGCCAAUGCAUCUACUCGUACUGCAGUUUUUAAAGAACAUACCUAUAUACCGACAUCAAACGAAUUUAUAGACUGGGUUUGAUAUUAAAGCUGAUUUUCUUGUUAUUGCUUAUGUGUAUUUUAGAAACAAUCUUAAGUAUGAAUAUGUUGGCUUUUUAAUAUUAUUCGAAAUGUAUGCGAAAAUUAUGAACGGCCACAAGUUUAGUUAAAUUUUUGUAUAAGAAAGUGGAGAUUAGCAAGCUUCAAAACGCUGUAAAAACCAAGUUAAUUUUAUUUUUUGUUUAUAUUUAUAUAUCCAAGAAUUCCAACUGAAUCUUCCGGAUGCUUCUUUUUAACUGCAUCCCCUUAUUGCUGGGCAACCGAAGGGAGAAAAUAGAUUCUCGAAUAAUUUAGCAAUUAAAAGCUUAAAUAAUUUUGUGUAUGUUUUAAACAAAUUCAACCAAACAGAAGUUAAGUCAAAUGUAAUUUGAUGAAACAAUUGCUACACUCGAUCGAUGCCAAGGCAGUUUUUUGAAUGCACUCAUGAUUAUACCCAUAGUUGUGUCUGUAAAUGUUCGUGAUGAAACUUCUACUGAACACAACUCGCUCAAAUAUAAAGAACUAAUCCAUUGUAACGCAAGAUGAGACAUAAUUCCAAGUGUUUUUUUACAACGCUGGCCGGCAUUUAAUUCACAAUAUAUAUUUAAU